AUGACAACAGACAAGGGCGACUGGAAGGCGCGUGCGGCCGCAUACAAGCAAUCUAUCCUCGACGCGAUCCCGCCAGAAUGGCGCGUCGACGAGUCCGUCCUCGCCGGCCUGAAGCCCGGGUCCGAGGUGCGCUUCGUCGCCCAGCAGACGAUUCUGACCAAGGACGAGAUCCACCUGCUCGCGCGCGACGCGACGACGCUGGCCGCUGACAUUGCCGCGGGCCGCUUCACUGCCGUCGCGACGGCCACGGCUUAUGCCAAGAGUGCGGCGGUUGCGCACCAGGUCACCAACUGCCUCAUGGACUUCUUCCCCGACGAGGCGCUUGCACGCGCCAAGGAGCUUGACGAGUACUACGCCAAGAAUGGCAAGACUGUCGGUCCGCUGCACGGCGUGCCCGUCAGUGUCAAGGACAUGGUCGCGGUCAAGGGCCGCCGCAUGACUGCGGGCUUUCUCGCAAUCGCUGAAGGCCCCUACGGCGUGUCGGCCGAUGACGCUACGCUCGUCGCGGCUCUGCGCGCGGCGGGCGCCGUGUUCUACUGCAAGACGACGAACCCGCAAGCCAUCAUGCACCUCGAGACCGACUCCUUCCUGGGCCCGACGACGAACCCGCUCAACACGGCGCUGACGUGUGGCGGCUCGUCGGGCGGCGAAGCGGCGCUGAUGGCCGCCGGCGCCGCUGUGCUCGGUAUCGGCACGGACAUUGGCGGCAGUAUCCGCAACCCCUGUGCGAACUGUGGGCUUUACGGCUUCAAGCCCACCGCUGCGCGCCUGCCGCGCGGAGGCAUGAUGGGCGGUAUGCCGCACCAGGAGUCGAUUGUGGGCGCGACGGGCCCGCAGACGGUGAGCGCGCGCGACAUGCGGCUUUUCAUUGAGACGGUGCUUGCGUCCGAGCCGUGGCGGAUCGAUCCCGGCUGCGUUGGCAUGCCCUGGAAGCAGACGCAAGGGUGGCGGUACGGCGGUGCCAAGCCGCGCGUGGGCGUGAUGUGGGACGACGGGCUGGUCUCGCUGCAGCCGCCGAUGAAGCGUGCCCUGCGCGAGGCGGUGGACAAGCUCAAGGCUGCCGGAUUCGACCUCGUCGACGUUGCGCCGUACAAGAGCAAAGAGGCGUGGGACCUCAUCAACACGCUCUACUUCACCGAUGGCGGGAAGCGGGUGCGCGACCUGUGUGCGGAGACGGGUGAGCCCAUCCUCCCCCUCACGCAGUGGGUGAUGCAGGGUGCACGGGAGAUUGACGCGACCGAGCUCCGCGAACUCGUCAAGACGCGCGACGGGUUCCGCGCCGCCUACAACCAGUAUUGGAACGAGCAGAAGAUUGACGUCCUCCUCUGCGCGCCCGGGUAUGGUACCGCGCAGCCCCUCGGCACGACAAAGUACUGGAACUACACGUCCUUCUUCAACCUCGUCGACUACCCCGCGGGUGUGUUCCCGGCCUCGGUCGUCAAGCCGGAGGAGGACAGGAAGGAGGAGAAGAAGGCCUUCAUCACCGAUAUGGACAGGUACUGCAGCGAGAUUUACGACCCGAAGGUGUUCUGGAACGCGCCGGUUGGCCUCCAGGUCGUCGGACAGAGGUGGGAUGACGAGGCGACGCUCGAGGCGCUGACGCUCAUCUCCAAGGUCGUCACUGCGUAG